AUGCCACGUGAACCACAGAGACGUCAACGAAUGAAACACAGCAUGGAGAAGGUCCCAAGCACACGGAGUCUUGAAGAGGUGGAAACCUGGACAGCAAGUAGUCCGACACGAGUAUGUGAAGGUUUGUGCAACGUUCCCAAGUCAGAGAGAAGGAUGAGCUGCUCUGCAGAGGGGAAGUUUUGGGACCGCGUUCCUGAAUUCCCUUCGCUCCCAUGCAGGACAGCGGCUGAGAGGAAGUUCGCCGAGGAGUUUCACAGCCCGAUCUUGAACUGGGAUUCUCCCACAUUAGCUCAGAAAACGCAGUACGGCGCUCUUCACUUGGGCUUAGUGGUCUUCCAACAGACCCUCCAGGUGUAG